AGAGAGAGCUCAGAGAGACUUGAUAAAUAUUCAUUGCUGCAAGACUCAAACGCCCUGGAGGAUUGCGGAGCAACUUUGAGCGAUCCUAUUGGUUGUAUGAAUGCCCAGCUCUGUGCUGGAUCUGAGGCUGUUUCUAUUGAUCAGAAAGAGGAGGAGAGGCAGAGACAGAGAGAAAAACAACUGAGUCCUGGCUUCUCCGCCAGUCAUGCCAGUGUUAUUCUUGAAGGAUUGCCUUUCUGAUGGCUGUGCGGACUGAAUGUGGCCCGUUGAUGCGGAGAAUAUGAGCGGGCAGGCUUUACGUUGCGAGUUGCUAGCGGUCCCGCAGAAUCAGUGCAGCCUCCUGCUCUUUGUAUUUGGCAACAAAGGCAUAACCGGGAAGGGCCUGGGAUUUUCUUGCUGAUGUGACAGAAGGCAGUAUAUUGUGGAAUGGCUUCCAUGGAAUCACCUCCUUUCCAGCCAGAAGAUCUGAGGGGAGAGAACUUUGAACUCUCGUUGUCUAGCCCAUCUGUGGAUCAGACAGUGAGGGAAGCAGAAAAUGUCACACAAGAGGAAUCUACGUCUGAUGGUCAGCUAAAUGAGGAAGGACAACAGGCAAAAGCAGAUGACCAAUUGACUGAAGCAUUGGAGUCAUCUUCAGAUGAAGAAUAUGGGGAAGAGUUUGAUUUUGAUGAUAGUUUGCUUGAGGAAGAAGACACCACUUUCAGAAAUGAGCCAGAAUGUAAACUCUCACAAGAAAACACAGGUGAUAAUGAGACUGUUGACACAGUAUCCAAAUCAGUGGAGUUUACCCAACCUGUGCAGGAUUCAGUGCCACCAAACUCGAUCACAUCUUCCAUAGUUCUUGCAAUAGACACUCAGAGCUUGACAUCUCCCCUGAAUAAUUUCACGUCUUCCACAGAUUCGAUUGCACAUUCUACCAGCACAGAAUCUGCUGUCAUUGCCUGUGCUUCAAGGAGUCCUUCAACUGUCCUGUGCACUGAAUCUAACAGCAGCUCUGAGACCGGCAUCAAAGAUUUCUCGUGGAAGAAAAACAUCCUGUAUCAUGCCCAGUCUGCCUCAGCCCAGCAUAAAUCACCAGAUGUAGAAGAUGAUGUGAUCUAUGAUGAUGUCACAAAUGAAGAUCAGUUUGCCCAUGAGCAGGUUCCCAUGGAAGAAUUGAUCUACGAUGAUGUGAAUCGGGAAGCAAGUUGUAUCAGUCCAGCACAGCUAGAAGACGGUUGGAGUUCCAGUGAAUUUGAGAGCUAUGAUGAACACUCAGAUGAAGAAAAUAAACCUGGAGGGGAACAGCAAAAAUCCAGAGCUGUCCUUCAGCCAAAGAUGCAGCAGCUAAUGAAGGCAGCAAGAAAUGGGACAAAGGAUGGAUUGGAGAAAACAAAAAAUGCAGUAAUGCGUAAAGUGUCAUUCCUUCAAAAGAGAGAGCCUCAAGAUCAAUAUGAGGAGGAUGAUGCUGGAUACCUUGAUGUUCAGGUAUCAGACUCAAAACAUCCUCCACCAGAGCUCGGUCCCAUGCCUGCAGGGCUGACCCCUCAACAGAUUGUGCGAAGGCAUAUUUUGAGCUCUAUUGUGCAAAGCGAGCGGAGUUAUGUUGAGUCUUUAAAGCGGAUAUUGCAGGAGUACAAGAAGCCAUUGCUGGAAGCAGAGCCAAAGUUGUUGAGCAUGAGGAAGCUGCGGGUGGUCUUUUACCGUCUGAAAGAAGUUCUUCAGUGCCACUCGAUGUUUCAGAUUGCCCUGUCUUCACGGGUAGCUGAGUGGGAUGUCUCGGAGAAAAUUGGAGAUCUCUUUGUGGCUUCGUUCUCAAAGUCAAUGGUGCUUGAUGUAUAUAGUGACUAUGUGAAUAACUUCACCAAUGCUAUGGCACUCAUUAAGAAGGCUUGCCUGACUAAACCAGCUUUUCUGGAAUUCCUGAAGCGGAAGCAAGCCUCUAACUCUGACCGGAUAACACUCUAUGGGUUGAUGGUGAAGCCAAUCCAACGAUUCCCACAGUUUAUUCUGUUACUUCAGGACAUGCUGAAGAAUACACCAAAAGGCCAUCCUGACCGGCUUUCUUUGCAGCUUGCCCUGACGGAGCUGGAAACACUGGCCGAGAAGCUCAAUGAGCAGAAGCGGGUGGUGGAUCAGAUUGCAGAAAUUCAGCAGCUGGCGAAGAGUGCUGGAGACCGCAACCUCAACAAGUUGCUAAGUUCUGGCCAGCGGCAGCUGAUCCUGUGUGAGACUCUGACCGAGACGGUUUAUGGAGAGAAGGGGCAGAUCCUCAAGUCUAAGGAGCGCCGUCUGUUCCUGCUCAACGAUCUGCUCAUCUGUGCCAACAUCAAUGUAAAGAGUCAGCCAGACAUUGGCAGCCUGGUUCCUGUCGGCCCGAAGUACACUGUGAAAUGGAGCACCCCACUGCUGCAGGUUCAGGUAGUGGAGGUCGGCCUAGAGGGGAAAGGAUACAACAAAGAUACAAUUAUCUUUCAGCAUCCAGGGAGCAAAAAGACCUCCUCGACCUCUCUAUCAAGCAAGAUUUAUAUGGGUCCUCCACGGCUUUACCAAGAGCUUCAGGAAUUGCAACAAGAUCUUAUUGUUGUGAACCAGAUAUCGCAGCUCAUUAGCACACUUCAUGGCACUUACCAGAACCUAAACCUCAUUGUUGCCCAGGAUUGGAUCCGAGCCCUCCAGAGGCUGAUCAGGAUUAAAGAGGACGAGAUCCAAUCAGCAAACAAGUGUCGUCUCCGUCUCCUGUUGCCAGGGAAACCGGACAAGUCUGGAAGACCGGUCAGCUUUAUGGUGGUAUUCAAUACGCCGAACCCUCGCAGUAAGAUUUCCUGGGUGAAUCGGCUGCAUAUGGCUAAAGUUGCACUAACUAAAGAUAACCAGCCUGGCUGGCUCUGUAUUGAGGAUGACGGAAAAACAAAGGCUCCACUUUGCUGCCCUUUGCUGGCCUGUCAUAUGCCCAUGUACAGCUCAAAAUGUCAGGACCUGAAGCCGGAAACAGCUCUUCACACUCCAGUGCAAUCAUCCUUACUUGGGAUCUCCAUUGCCAGUACCUGUCUUGCACAGGGAUACCUUUGGAUUGGCAGUGGGCGAGAACAGAGGCUGGGGCAGGUCGAUCUCUUCUCCUUGAACAGAUCUGCUCCCAAGCAUGUCAAGUCCUUCCAGGUUAGCUCCUGGGUCUUGUGCAUGGAGUAUAUUCCUGUAACGGCCCGAGAGGAAGAUGACACUGGUUGUCCGAUGGAGAAACCAGGAGACAGCCCAAUUAUUGUUAUGGGACUACAAGAUGGCAGUGUUGUGGGAUAUGCGAGUGUUGACAUGGCAACCCAGUGUUUGUUUAUAUUUAAAAGCCCCGGAGAGGUGCCUGUUGUGUGCCUCAAGCAUUUGAUGAACGUUUUGUUUGCUGGCCUGCAGGAUGGGACCGUCGCAGCAUACACCAGGACAAAUGAUGGGAAAUGGGAAUGGGAUACUCCCCACUUGGUAAAGGUUGGUUCUGCUACAGUCGAAUCUCUGCUGGCAGUGGAUGAGAUGGUGUGGGCUAGCUGUCGGAACAAGGUCACGUUGAUCAAUGUUGCUUGCUUCACUAUGCGGUGUUUUGAGGUCCACCCUGAUGACGAGGUGAGCGUGACUCGGAUGAUAAAAGCUGGUGGUGGGGUGUGGAUGGCAUUCUCAGCCGGCUCCUCCAUUCGAUUAUUCCACACUGAGACUCUAGAACAUCUGCAGGAAAUCAACGUAGUUCCACGCAACACGUUCUUCAGUCCAGGCCAAAAGAACAUUUUGGUGACGUGUUUGCUUGUUUGCCAAGGGAUGCUGUGGGUUGGGACCAAUCUAGGAAUUUUGAUCACUUUACCAGUACCAAAACUGGAAGGAAUUCCAAAAGUAACAGGAAAGGGAAUGAUCUCACUGAAUGCACAUUGUGGUCCUGUGGAGUUUCUGAUCCCUACCAUUGGCUCUCUGGACUUGGACUUAUUGAAGAGUGAGUCGACUGAGGACAUGCCUGAGCAUCAGGAACUGAAUAGCAAAGAGGAUUCCUCAUCCCAGGAAUCCCUUCAGGAUCAGCAUGACCACACGGAUAAGAAGCAAGGAAUCUCACUGUGUUACAGCCUGCACUCCACCUCUCACCUACCCGGUCAGUUACUGUCAGCACACAGUGUUGCGGCUCACACCAACGAGAACUCGCUGGAGCACAGCGUUGAGGACGGUUCCAUCUACGAGAUAGUCGAUGACCCGGAUGUGUGGGUUCGAAGCAGGUCUUCAGCCCGAGAGGUUGUCAGAAAAGAGAAAGUCAGUUCGGUUGCCGUUGCCUCCGGAGGCAGGGGCUACCAGAACUUUAACAAGGACUUCAAGCCGGCUGUUCACAACAGGAAUGAAAACAUGCUGCUGAUUUGGCAGAUUCCGCUGUCUUUGUAGAGUUCUGAUGGUGUACAGAUAUGCAUUUAUGGAAUGUGUCUGCUGGAGCUAUACUCUAUUAGGAGACGCACCAUUUUCAAAUGCCUGCAAUUGGAGAAGACUCCACUUUGCAAACAGGAUUACAUGCUCAAUUAUCAAGAGAUUGUGCAUCCCUCUCUUGGUUAGCAUGAAGCUUUCAAAGCAUUCUCGACCAUUAUUGCUGACCCCGUUCACUUGUCUGAGCUCCCUUUUAAGGAGGGCUCCUAGCUCUGUAACUCUUUCCACCCUAUAUUUCCAGGUGUUGGGUGAAUGGUGCAUUAUACAGAAAGAGGGAAAAGGUAUGUUGUGCCAUAAGGUUUGUCUUUUCUCACUCCCUUGCCCUUAAUUCUUCUGUACUUCCCCCUAAGUCACCUAAGUUGUCAGCCCUGUGUUCGCUGCUUUGGGAAGUUGAAGGAAUGUCGAAGUCAUUUCUAGGCCACUUUAUCUCCUCCUCCUCCUCCUCCUCCUCCUCCUCC